GUUAAGUCAGUGGAAGGACCUCCACCACCCCCAUGACCACCAGCAUUACCACCUCUACUGCGGCCAUCACUGUCACUACCCAACUUGAAGGAGCAGAGACUGGGGGGAGGUGAUAAAGACAGUACAAAGGAAAGUAACCAUUCUAAAGGAAAAUGUCUUUCCACAGUGCUUGCAGGGUGUAUAUGAGAGCAAGAAACACUUCAGAGGAGGAAAUACCAACCCCAGUAGGAAGAAAACCAUUUAGAAAGAAGAGGAGCAAGAUCCCUCGAGUCUCUGAAGUAACUCAGCAAGAUUACUACACACAAGACCCCACAUUUCCCUGCUCCACGUGCAACCGUGAAAUUGACAUACCUGGAACUUUCCACCAUAAAAAAAGACAUGUAGCUCUGGCCACGCUGGGCGUCCAGUGGGAUGGCAUUAAGCGACUAGGGUCCUCAGAGAUAAUUCUUCAAAGAAAGCUGAUCAUCGCUAAACUGCUGUCGUCAUCUACACUCACUGAAAAGCACCUACACAGCAUUAAUAGCGCUUUUGAGCUUCUCUGGAAAAAAGAACUGCCAGAAUAUUACAAGAUUUGUGAAAGCAGUCCCGGGAAUUCCAGCUAUACUGAAAACAUUUCCACCCUAUUGAUUAAAGGAGUCGCCAUUUGUGCAGACAGGAAUUCUACAUGGAAGGCUGACAUGAAUGAUAAAGUCACCGUAGUGAACAAUUUCGGCAGUAAGCCAAACGUGUGCUUUUUUAGCUUGUUUGCUGGGCAUAAAGGUGCCUCUGCGGCCGACUUGGCAUCAACGGAACUCCCAGUUUUACUUCUCCAUCAGCUUUCCAGGAUUGAUCCUUCCUACCAAAUGACCCUUGAAGAGCAAAAUCUAAUCAAUUCCUUUGGCACAGUCUUUAAGGAACACUACACAGCCACCGAAGAUUUCUUUACAAAGAAAGUGAUCAAAGCACCACCAGCAGGUGAGUACGAGAGCAUACACAAAGCCUUUGCCAAAGCAUUUUGGAGGAUGGACAGACUUUUACGUCUAGGAAGAAAAGAAGUCUCCAGGGUUCAGUGGAGUGGCUGCUCUGCAGUUACUUGCAUUCUGGAAGACAAGACUAAAAAUCCCACUGUGAAGAGGAGUUGGAAAAAAUCCAUUGACAACCGUGGUCUUUUCAAAAGGACAUCACAAAUACUUUCCGGAGUGCUGCAUAUCGCAAACACUGGUAACGUGGAAGCAGUCUUAUGCAGAAAUGGGAAAGGUUUUUGCCUAACCAAAGAUCACACCACACGAAACACAAGUGAACGGAGAAGAGUACUUCAGAGUGGAGCCACAAUCAGUUCAAAUGAACCACACGGGCUCCUAGAAGGGCAAAUAAAAACGACACGAGGACUCGGAUUUCAUGGAAAUCCCAGACUGAAAAGAUUCAUUAUUCCAGCACCUCAAACUAUCUCUGUACCAAUAGACAUCUUAUGCCAAUUCCUUAUUUUAGCCACUAGUGGACUUUGGGAAGUUAUGGAUACAAAGGAAGUCACUGCUCUGGCAAUGACAACAUUUGAAGUAUAUAAAAGUUCCUAUUAUUCUAUCAUAGAAAGUAAGUAUCUACCAUCAGAAAAUUUUCUGCUUUCUCCAGCUAAUAAGCCAAACAUUAUUGAGCCUGAAAAUAACAUCCACUUACUGUUUCAGUCUAAAUCUGAAUCUAAAGAAAGUCUAACAACUCUGUAUUCAAAAGAACUACCCGAUACAAAAUAUUCUAAGCAUUUCAUAGAUAAUCCUGGAAAAACAGAAACAUUCCAACCAGAAACAACCAACUAUGCUCUUUACACUGGGAAAGAAGCUGAUGGGCCAACUAGCAUGGAUGCUGCACCAAAAGAUUCAAGUAAAGAAAAAGAAUCAUUCACUGAGAGAUUCUACAAAAGUGCAGCUGAAUAUAUUAGCUGUGAACUUGUAAAUGCUGCUUUAGCAGCAGGUUCCAGAAACAACAUCACAGUUAUGGUAAUACUUCUCAGUGGAAGUGAGUAUCAACUUCUGACAUGAAAAAUAAAGUUCUGAUUAUCCAGUGUACAAAAAUAUAACUCCGUAAAGACAAUUUUUCAACUAACUAGAUUAGGGUGACACAACAAUACCAUGCAAGUCAUUUUUAAGAAAGUAGUAAAGAAAAAUAUAAAAGUACAUUAUAGGGCAUAACAUUUAUGUUCACUGCUCCAUGCCAAAAAAAGAGAAAAAACCCAGCAAUUUCUUUUUAUACCACUUUAUUCCAACCUGAGCACCUCAAUAUAAAACUAAACACUGGUGAACUGUUUUCCUUACUAAUUCUGAAUUACUGUAAAUGUACAAGUUCUGCUAGCAGUUCAACA